AUCCAUACCGCUUUUCCACAGCCUGCAGCUAGCCACUUGCUACUUCUUUGCCAACAACAGGGCAGCCUAAAAAAUUGUCGCAGUAUGGGGGUUUUUCAGCCCGCCUUGUGGGGUUUAUUUGUAUGCAAGGAUGUAAUCGAGAAAAGGCUCUGACUUGACCUCCUUCUCAUUAGUUGUGAUGCAUGUGUUUGGAUUGAAUCAAGGCAUUGUUUUGUUUUUUUUGCUUGGUGUUAGGUCCGCCUUCUGGCUAUUCAAGUCGCUCAACUUUCUUUAAAAAAAAAAUAUCCAAAACUACGCUGCUGGAACAUUCCGUGACAGGUGCAGUUUUCUCUGUGGCCUCCAAGCUCUCUGCUCAUGCUCCGCUGGAGGACUCAGUGAGCCUGGAGGGGGUUAGAUGGGAUGGACAGCAAAGGUAGCUCCCUGCCUUCAAUGCCUGAACCAGCCAACCCGAUCAGCAUGAAGCAGCCGCCGGAGUGCCUCAGUGUACGGAAAGGUGGGGGGGACAUGAGCAGUGACCCCACUCUGCUGUUGGACAAAGCUGCUGCCCAGCUAGCCGCCACUGUACAAGACGGUGUCCUUCAGAAGAUGGCUGGCCACAGUCAUAACAACCACAGCCACGAGAGGCUCAAAGACCUCACUUCUCGAGUGCUGAAUGGUGACCAAGACGCACUUUGUGCUCCAGAGACACCGAUGCUCAAAGGCGCUGAGGCCCCUGCUACAAAUGGCACACAUCAGCCCGAUUGCACCCCUCAUACUGAAGCUGAACUAAAGGUGACGAUACCCCAGGUGGUUCAGCAGCAGCUGUUUGAGCCGAGCUAUGCCAAUGGGACCAGUUUUGCCACAACCACAGAGGAGAAUUUAUCUGGAACAGAGAUGAGACAGGAAGUAAAGAAAAGGAACGGGAGACCCCACAAACCAAAACCUCAGAUAAAUCUAAGUUCCUCUCCCAUCCCUGUGGACCCACUGGACCACACAAAGGCUGAAGACGAAGCCAGAGAGACUGAAGAGCUUGAUCUCAUCCCAGAGUUGGUGGGCGAGGCUGCAGUAGAGUUGCCUUUGCACGUACGUUUUUCCGCCGGUGAUUUGGUUUGGACCAAGGUGUCAGGAUAUCCCUGGUGGCCCUGCAUGGUAACCACAGACCCAGAAUUCAACAAUCACGUCAAACAGAAAGCCGCCACCAGCAGACUGGGCCUCCUUUUCCACGUGCAGUACUUUGGAGAUGCCCCUGAGAGAGGCUACAUCUUCGAGAAGAACAUGGUGUCCUUCACUGGGGAGGAUCAAUACCAGGAGCUCAGCUUAGGCAACAAACAGCCAGCAUCUCGCGUCAUCCACAAAAAGACAGCGCCCUCUGUGCCCCGCAAACUCCAGGCUCAGUGGAACAUGGGCAUCGUUCAGGCCAAAGAGGCCCUCAGCAUGUCAAUGGACGAGCGCAUGGCAAACUUUGCGUUUCUGUACGACGACGAGGGGCCUCAUCUGAACCCUCAUACCCUGGAGAAGUUAAGGCCAGAACCAACCGAAGAGCUGGACCAGGAAACAAUGUCCAGACUCAGCCCCGAUGUCCCCUCCCUGCCAACGGGUCCAACAGACGAUCCCUCAGCAGCAACUCUGUCUCAAGAUAGCACUUCAACAGGGACACCGACACAAGCACCCAGAAGAAAAGUCCAAACUGGAGUUUGGAAGAAAAGGGGCAAAGCACAACUAAACGGUGUCCUCUCCAAAAGUAAAAAAAACACAGUUCUUCCUGACAUGAUGCUUCAUCAGCAGACACCCUCACAGGAUUCCACCUCUUCUACACCAGACAUUCAAUCUGAAUCAGUGAUAGCUCCGAAGAAGAAGAGGAGGCCGAGACAGGCUCAGCCUGCCACAAAGACUGUGAGGAGAAGGAAGAAAACUGCAACGGACGCCACAUGUGAUCCUGUGAGGAAAAGGAAACCAAAGCAGGUUUCUUCGACAGUCGACCUUCCGGAACCGGUCACACUUCAAGUUUCAGUUCCAGUCGAGAAAGUGAAGAGAAGACGGAACAAGAAGAGUCCAGAUGAGCAGAAGAGUGAUUCCACAGUCAAAAGGCAGCGGAAGAAGGCGGUUAAAAGGCCCCUAACAGACGAAACAGCGGACCAGGUCCAGCCGCCUAAAAGGAGACGUAAAACGAGCAAAGAUGCUGAAAAACAGGCGUCAACUUCAGACGGAACGGAGAAAAAGCGAAGAAGAAGGAAGAAAACCGACGUAGAGCCACAAGAAACCAGGAAGCCAGGAAAGAAGACGAAAGCCCUCCUCGCUGAAAACCAAGAUGCUGAGAAACCAAAGCGUAGGAGGAAAAGGAAACAGGAAGGAGAUAACCAGGCCACACCCACCAAGGCAAAAAAGAGGCGGUCCUCCCCGUGUCCUGACCCUGAGGGAUCUGGGAGCGAAGAACGUCCCGACUCUCCGAGCGACAGCUUAGACGGAACGAAAAAGGGCGAACGAAAGAAAGAGUUUGUUUGCCAGACAUGCGAGCAGGCGGGCGAGGACUUGGUGCCCUGUGAAGGCCAGUGCAAUGGGAUGUUUCACCUCCACUGUCUUGGUGUCUCGUUCAUACCUGAAGAAAAGAUGCAGUGUCAGGAGUGCAGCACAGGGAUUCACUCGUGUUUCAGCUGUAAGCAGUCUGAGGGCGCGGUGCGUCGCUGCCACGUCCCCCACUGUGGCAAGUUUUACCAUGAAGCCUGCAUCCGCCUGAACCCCCUCACUGUGUUCGACAACAAGGGCUUCCGCUGCCCGCUCCACGCCUGCCUCAACUGCCACUACGGCUGCCGCACCAAGCAGAAGUCCACCAAAGGACGGUUGAUGCGUUGCCUUCGCUGCCCUGUGGCGUACCACGUCGGUGACCAGUGCGUAGCUGCGGGUAGCGAGAUGAUCACAAACUCCGCCUUCAUCUGCACCAAUCACUUCAACGCCAAGAAGGGCUACAGCCACCACAGUCACGUCAACGUCAGCUGGUGCUUCGUCUGCUCCAAAGGAGGGCAGCUGCUGUGCUGCGAGUCUUGUCCUGCAGCGUUUCACCCAGACUGCCUGAACAUCGCCAUGCCUGAUGGGAGCUGGUUCUGCAACGACUGCCGGGCAGGAAAGAAACCCAAAUACAGGGACAUCAUCUGGGUCAAACUGGGAACAUACAGGUGGUGGCCUGCAGAGAUCCACCACCCCAGAAACAUCCCCACCAACAUCCAGCACCUUCGACACGAGAUCGGGGAAUUCCCCGUUUUCUUCUUUGGCUCCAAGGACUACUUCUGGACCCACCAGGGCCGAGUGUUUCCUUACAUGGAGGGAGACAGGGGUAGCAAGCACCAGAGGACGGGCAUCGGCAAAGUUUUCAAGAAUGCUCUGUUGGAGGCUGAAGCUCGGUUCAAGGAGAUAAAAAUCAAACGAGAGGCCAAGGAAGCGCAAGAAAACAGCCGGAAACCGCCUCCAUAUAAAUUCAUCAAGGUCAACAAACCCUUUGGUAGAGUUCAGGUCUACACAGCGGACAUCUCCGAGAUCCCCAAGUGUAACUGCAAGCCGUCAGUGGAGCGGCCGUGUGGGUUCGAGUCCGAGUGUCUGAACCGCAUGCUGCAGUACGAGUGCCACCCUCAGGUGUGUCCCAGCGGGGAGCGCUGCUGUAACCAGGACUUCACCAAACGUCUCUACCCAGAGACCAAGAUCAUCAAGACACCGGGCAAGGGCUGGGGCCUGGUGGCGCUCAGGGACAUCAAGAAGGGCGAGUUUGUGAACGAGUACAUCGGGGAGCUGAUAGACGAGGAGGAGUGUCGUGCAAGGAUCGUGUACGCCCAUGAAAACAACAUCACUUAUUUCUACAUGCUCACCAUCGACAAGGACCGGAUCAUUGACGCUGGUCCAAAAGGAAACUACUCUCGCUUCAUGAACCACAGCUGUCAGCCAAACUGUGAGACGCAGAAGUGGACGGUGAACGGCAACACACGAGUUGGUCUGUUCGCCGUCUGUGACAUCCCAGCAGGGACGGAGUUGACCUUUAACUACAACCUGGACUGCCUCGGGAAUGAGAAGACCAUCUGUCGCUGCGGGGCCCCCAACUGCAGCGGUUUCCUUGGUGAUCGGCCUAAGAACUCAAACGGCCAAACAGCGGAGUCGAAGGGGAAGAGGUUGAAGAGAAAGUAUAAAAGGAGGAAAUCGGAGGGCAAGAAGUCUGACGACGAGUGUUUCCGCUGCGGGGACGGAGGGCAGCUGGUGCUCUGCUGCAAGAAAGCCUGCACCAAAGCUUAUCACCUGUCCUGCCUGAACCUCACCAAGAGACCGUUUGGCCGCUGGGACUGCCCCUGGCACCACUGUGACGUCUGCGGGAAAAACUCCGAGGCCUUCUGUCAGCUUUGCCCCAACUCCUUCUGCAAGGCUCACCAGGAGGGGGCGCUGCGUCCCUGGCCCGCCACAGGCCAGCUCUGCUGUCAGGAGCACGAAGAGCUUGAAGCGACCGAGAACCACGAGCGGGAUGUCAACUGUGAGACGAGUACGACCGCCGCCGCCGUCACCGCGGUAACCGGCCGUGCGGCUAAAGGCUCCAGAAAGGCGGGAAGAGCGGUGGCCAAGACAAAAGGCUCCAGGAGGAAGGCAGCAGAGGCGUAAAGUUGACCCUGCAUAUUCCCCAAACGCCAAACUAGACUUUUUUAUGCCUGCUCCUCCUAUCAUAAACAAAUCCUCCAAACCCCCCCCCUUGUAAUAAUGACUCCAAGACCACAAAAAUCAAGGCGCUGUACAUGUUCGUUAUCAGGGAAAGCUGCUGAUCGCUCACACGCUCGGCAGCCGUCUCCAGCUCGUCGCAUUUUUUUUCAGGUUAAUUUUCACAACGUCUGCACUCGGUCCAACCAUCUGUGGUGAGGCACACAACGCAGCAGAACGAGCACGGGUCAGGACUCCUCAGAUUGUGGAUUUCAAACCUUUUUCCCCCACCAACCAAAAACUGCCUUUUUGAUUUUAAAGUAAAAAGAAGAAACUAGUUGAACCUGAAACAGCUCUUACUAGAAGCCUGAUGCCUCGCCAUGUGCUACCUUGACUCUGUCGCCCCCCCAUCCCCCCGUCACUCAACACAGAUGAUCCUGAACAACAGAGUUUUAUAAGUAUAUAUGUGUAUAUCAAAGACCAAAAUUAUGAAUACUGGAAGAGUUUAUGACGUCAAACAGGUUGCCAAAUGGAUGUUUUCCUUUUAUAUAUAUAUAGUGUAUAUAAUCCAGAUGUACUAUGGAACACCAAGACACUAUGGAUCGGCCUCAGACGACCUCCUCUGUAGUCAUAGAUUACAUUGAACUGUAGGCUUUUGUUCGCUGUUUAUACAACCUGUUGUUUUGCUUUAGCUCAGCGGAACUCUUUAGAUUUUAAAAAUGUCCUUUUUUUUAAUUUUAUUUUUGGUAUCCGGAUGCUGAUGAAUAUGAACAAUAGCUCCCACAAACAGUUUUAACCCACCAGCCGGUCCAGAGAGCGAGAGAUAUUUAACAGAGAGCACUCUUUACAGUAACAUCCUCAGGAGAGAUGCAUGCUGGGAGCUCUGCGCUGCAUUGUGGGGGGGAAAAGCAUAGCAAAGAAAAAAAAUGAAGGAAGUCACGUUUUGUUUUAACGUUUUAGUAAAGUUGUUCUAAGUCCUGAUCUUCAGAUGCUGUUAUUUCUUUUGGAUUUAAAUAUCUGAAUUGUCGAGCACAAGGUUUUUUUCAUGAUUAGAUAAACGCAUCACGCUGCUCCGCUUGCCGGAUUUUCAUUGACUUUUCAGACACACCUCAGAUGUGUUAAUCCUCGGGAGGUUUAAACUGCUUCCCUUUAACACGGGCUAACAUGGUGUGAGUUCAGGUUUGUUAACUCUACUCGAUAUGAAGAGAAGAGUACGGUGGCUGUUAAAGGACAUGUCAGACUUGAAGUCCGUGUAGAUUCUCAGUCAUCCAGGUCAGGGUAAACCCCAAGUUUGAUACAAAGGCAACUGGACUUGGUGGACUAGGUCGGUCUUCAAGAUCUUUAAACCAAGUCCAGUUACCUUUUGGAUCAAGCUUUGAAUCUCAGACUUGAAGUGAUUGCAAAUAUGUGAAAACAGUUUGAGAGAACCAAUCCUGAUCUUGUCGUUCACACACACGCCUCACAAACGGCAGACUUUCCCGGUCAGAAGGGAGGGGACAGUCGGGACGGGGGUUCUUAUGAGGCAGGAAGUUAAGGACAUAAAUACAUUGACUGGAAACAUUAACAUUAAUCCAAUAUGUUAGAUUUUAGUUUCUCAAAGUGUUGUUUAAUGUGUGUUAAAAAUUCAAACAUUUAGCAGACGAUCUGACAGACGAUUCAUUUAAAGAAUUUCCUGCAACAAUUUUUUUUUUUUAAUUUCAAAAUUUCAAGCAAACAAGUAGAAAAAACCUGAAGUGAAGUCAUGACGCUGAUCCCUCUCCAGCUGUUUUUCACAUUUUUUAACUGGAGACUAUUUAUCAUUUUUGACACUUUUUUAAUCAACCGAAAGAAACUCAACGCUUUCACAUGAUUGCUCGUGUCGGCGCUCUUUUGUUAGCAGCAGGGUUUUUUGAUCUCCAGGUUCACAAGGAGCUCGACAAAUACUCUUCAAGGUCUUCACUUUAGACUUUUGAGUUUGCAAUAGAAAUGCAUUAUAUCAAUCCAGGUUUAAAUUCAAUUAAAAUGCAAACAGCGCGUAAUUAGAGACGACCCAGCUCCUGUAACUAAGUCUAAAAUGUCCUUAAAGAGCCACCGUACUCAGGAGUAUUCAGAAGCAAAAAGUUGGAGUAACACAGAAUCUUCUCGUCUUAGUUCUUUGCUUAACAAUUAGAUUUUUAAGCUUCUAAAAUGAAUCUUUUGAUUUAAUCUAACAUAUUUAAGUCUGUCCUGUGUUAAGUGAACAUCUGUUUUUUUACAGCUUCAUGUUCUGUGCCUCUUUCAUCACAUUUCACAUCGUUAAAAGUUGCUUCAUCACAGAAUCUAAAUCUCCAAAGGCAGCCUUUUUCUGCAAUAUAUUUUUUUUUUAAUCUCAAAGAGGCAAUCGGUGCUUUUCUCUUUCUUCCUAUAAAACGUUUCCACACAUCUGAUCUGAGGCGUACAGACGCAACCAGACAGGGUUUUUUUUUUUUAUAUAUAUACCUGCACCUUUUCUUUUCCUUUUAGUACUCUCUAUUUCUCCCGGGGCGUGUGAAUGGGACACGUCCAGCGGUGCAGUGAGUGGUGUACGAGUAUUUUUCUGUAUCCUAACCUUGUGUUGAGUGAAUGUAGUUAUUUUUGUAAGCACUGUAAUUCCCUGUAGAGCUGAAGUGUAACGUGUGCGUAGGGGUUUCAUUCUGUAACUACUGUCAUAGUAAACCAGAGACUAAUAUGUACAUAAUGUAUAAGUGGUAAUAGUGAUGCAUCUAUUGUAAAUAUCAUACAAUCUUUCUGACAUGUAUGUUUUGUUUUUUUCUUGAUGCAGUGCUGAAACACUUUUUGUGCAGGAUCUGACGUCUGUAGAAUCAUGCAUUAAAAAGUCGCCCAACAUGAA